ACAUGGCACGGCAGUGUCCGGGCCAGGGGUGGUGCCGGUGUUACCUUGCUUCCCUGUCCAGCGUCUCCUUUUCUCUGCUCUCUUUCAUGCAGCCGGGGAAGUUCGUAGCAGCGGCGGUCAGGCCUUGCCGAAGGUGCAGCCAUGGUCGGCGUCUUCUCCUACGAGAGCCUGGUCCAUGCCAUGGCUGGAGCUGUGGGUAGUGUGACAGCAAUGACUGUGUUUUUUCCUCUGGAUACAGCUAGACUAAGACUUCAAGUUGAUGAAAAACGCAAAUCAAAAACAACACACACAGUUCUUUUGGAGAUAAUUAAAGAAGAAGGCAUCUUUGCACCCUAUCGAGGGUGGUUCCCUGUUAUCUCCAGCCUUUGUUGUUCCAACUUCGUCUAUUUCUAUACAUUUAAUAGUUUAAAAACUCUUUGGGUCAAAGGUCAUCAUUCAACUACAGGGAAGGACUUAAUUCUUGGGGUGGUUGCAGGUAUAGUGAAUGUAUUGCUGACUACUCCUCUCUGGGUAGUGAACACCCGUCUUAAACUCCAGGGGGCAAAAUUUAGAAAUGAAGAUAUUAUACCAACCAAUUACAAAGGCAUUGCAGAUGCUUUUCAGCAGAUAAUACGAGAUGAAGGAAUUUUGGCUUUGUGGAAUGGUACUUUCCCUUCACUGCUGUUAGUAUUUAACCCUGCCAUACAAUUCAUGUUUUAUGAAGGGCUUAAAAGGAAAAUGUUAAAAAGACAACUGCAGCUGUCUUCACUGGAUGCCUUUGCUAUUGGAGCAAUAGCCAAAGCAAUUGCAACUACCCUCACUUAUCCUAUGCAGACAGUACAGUCAAUUUUACGGUUUGGACAUCACCGACUGAACCCUGAAAACAAGAGGUUAGGUAGUCUUAAAAAUGUUCUCUACCUUCUUCAACAAAGAAUAAAGCGCUUUGGAUUAGCAGGACUCUAUAAAGGACUAGAGGCAAAGCUGCUCCAGACAGUCCUCACUGCUGCACUCAUGUUCCUUGUCUACGAAAAACUUACUGCUGUUACUUUCACAGUCAUGGGGUUAAAGCGUUCAUUGAAGAACUAAAAUAUAGGACUAUAAAGCAUAUAAAACUUAGGAAAAGAAAACCAGAAUACCUGGCAAAUAACUGGGUGCCAUAAAGAGUUUUAUCCCAAGGCCAAAAUGUUAUUUUACUAUGCUUGUGUUUUCAGUUAAAACUUUAGAAUGUACCUAAAAAGAAACUUGAAAUAUAAUCUGGAAGUAUCUACUCCCAGUAUCUACUCUAUUAGAUGGUUCAGUUGUCUUUUUGGAAAUUUGUUUUAUAUAAAAUAUUCCAGUAUCUAGAAGGCAGCUCCUUUAUUCAGUUCUAUAUGAAGAUUAGGGUAUUCUUUGAUUUUUCAUAUAUUUUAAAAUACCUUUCCACUAUCAAUUCUCCAUUUGCUGUCAGAUUGUAUUUCAAAUAUUUGGUGUUAUAUGAUCAUCUUAAUAAUCAAACCAAUAAAGAUUUCAUAAAGAA